AUGCACGCGGCGGUGGAACAGAACCACGAGCUGCGUGACACGAUCCUCCGUUUCAUCGACUGCAUGGCCGCUCCUCAUCGGAUUGAGGUCCACGACAAGAGGCAAAAGUACCUAAGCAGUGGUAGCUGCUGUGCACUCUGGACUUUUCGUUCCUGCCCGGCAGCCAUGUUGCUGGGUCCUGUCGUUUGUCAAGUCGAAACGACUCUGCAAAGCCCACCAUCUCUAGCGGCGGCCAACUUUUGCGACGCUCCCAGUCACGCAGUCCUCCUCAAGCCACAACCGCGUCUAAAGUUCAGAGGUGCGACGACCGCAUUGAUUCGAUUUCCUCGACAUUUCGUGGUCCGACCGAGAGCAGGUCUCCACAGCUCCCAAGUCCAACGUCAUAUCCGCAUACCAACCCUCGAAAUGCCUUCGAUCCGAUCAAUACUCCUGGUUGGACUUCCGCUGGCUGCGUUAUGUCAAGAAUUGUUCGACUCGAGAAGAGCUGCAGAUGUGCAACGACAUGGCAUUGUUGGAGCUGGCCGCAACGCCAUUGAAAGAGCAGUGGAUAUGGCUGGAGGAGAGCUUGAUUCCGAGAGAUAUCUGGGAAAGCGGCAGGACUCGAAUGGCACAGUGGCAGCUACAGUGACCGUGUCCGACGUCGUCACGGCCACCGUCUCUUCCUCGCCGACUCCUGAUACUACGACUUCCUCUUCCUCCUCCCAAGAAACCAUCAUUUCUGUUCCGACGACGCUCGUUUCCGUGCCGAUCACGACGGAGCAGCCAUCUGGGACGACCAGCACCGAAGCUCCUUCGUUCUCUGCCGCCGCAUCUUCUUCAGAGCUAGGCUCAUCAUCGAUUGCAGCUCCUUCGUCGUCCGCAGAGCCUUCAUCGACGCCACCAGUCGUCGAUACCACCGCAUCCGAGCCCGCACCCGAAACGUCGAGCAGUCCAGCGAGCCAGCCCUCCAGCACGCCUGCGAGCAAUAGUCCGUCAUCUUCUGCUGUACUACCUACCACUACAGCUGCAUUGCCUUCGCGGACUACCUUUGCGGUGAUCAAUUCGGCAGGUAGCGUCGUGACCUCUGUCCCGCAAGUCGCUACAGUAUCCGACGCGAGUGGGGAGGGAAUAGUCUUGACAUCUCCGACUCCCGGUGGCGUUUACACGAAUACGAAAUCCGGCGGCGAUGUUGCCGUUGUGACCUAUACGCCCGACGGUGGCACCGUCAGCGAAGUGCGUUACCUCACCGAGACUCUUCCCAACGGAUCCGCGUCGAUCAGGACGUCAUAUGCCACUGUGGGCGCGCCUGCGAGUCCUACGGCAGGCGGAUCGUCCAACUCUGGAUCAGGCAGCGAUGCACCGCAACUCCAAUCCGGUGCAGCAAUUUCAUCGACAUGGUAUGCUGCCGAGGCGGCAGUGAUGCUUGGAGCGGCCGUCGGUGUGGCUGCGAUGAUGCUGUGGAGGUUGAUGGCCGAAUUGAACACAUAA